AUGUCCAUGAUUUUGCAUUUGGGGUUCUCUUCCGUGCUGUUCGCGAUUUUUUUCUUCUUUUCCGAAGAGAACAAAAAAAUAAUGAAUUUUGAAUAUAAACACGGAAGAGAACUAAAAAAUCAUGAACGUAACACGGAAGAGAACCACAAAAUUGACAAAAUCGUGAACGUUGUCACAAAAGUUGUAGAUAUAGCGGGGAGAUAACCAUAAAAUCGUGGACAUUACCUACGGGAUUCAUGAAUAUUGGCCACGUAGUUCAACGUCCAUAUGGACGUAGAGAGGCGCUUCAAGAGACGGGACACACCGAACGAAAAGCGGAAGGGGGAGAAUCCGUUGGCGUGCAGCCCCUGGAGGCGCGGGACUCCGGUGAAGCGAAACGAUAAUCACUUGAAGCAGCUGACGUGUCAAAACGGCGCGCAAUGCCUGCCGUUUCAUAUGACACCACCGUCCAAGCUGAGGAAGUUCAUCACCAAGAAUCCCUUCGAGCCUGAUUUGAUCAACAGACUGCACCUGUCCACGAUCAGCCCGACCGUGUUCGCCAAGGUUCCCAGUCCUGCGCAACACUCCCCGGGAUUUACGUGGAGCAUAGAGGAGCUGGCUCACAUGAAACCGGCGAGGAUCGAGGAUUCACCGGUACAUCAGGUGCACUCUCCCGAUCUGGAACUGGAGACUCGGGCCCAAGCAGCUAUAGAUCGAUUCUUCAAGCAGAAUCAGAUAAUUCCCAGCCCGUGGGACGUCAAGCAGGAGGGCAAACCCCUUUUAGCCCUGGACACUCCCAACAGGCUUUUGAACGACUUGAAUUCUACUCAGGAACCUUCGAAGAUGACAAAAGAUGCCUGGAGUCAGACGAUAUUGUCUCUACCUCUGGAUCUGCCUCCGAACGUGGAAGAAGUUUUAAAGCCCUUCUUCAAUUUUACUCAGGAACAAAAUGUAGACGGCGACGAUGUAAAUUCGAGCAACAAUUCGCUGAGGAGAAAAUUAUUUUUCUGUCAUGACGAGGGCACUGACAACGAUGAGAGUUUUACGUCGUUGUCACCGGUUAAAAUGAACGAGUCCAUGGCGUUAUCUUGCAGCCCUCCUCAAAGUGGCAUGUUUGUUCACGGUACUCCGUUAAAGAGGCUACAAACUAGACGGCGAAGCAAUAGAUCGUCCAUAGUGAUGUCUGAAAACUUAUCGCCACCUAACAUGUCGCCAAUACAUGAAGCUGAGAACAAUAGGUUGUACGAAAGAGUUGAACAUUGCUCUUCGGCCACUCGGUUAAACUUUAUGAUAGACAUGAGCACAGACGAUAUAGCUGAAAGAAAAGAUCAAAGUUCAGUUAAUGGCUAUCAUUCGUUAGAUAUGUCCAGUAGGGAAAUUGACGUGAAACGUACUGGAGACAGUGACAAAUUGAUAAUUAUAAAUAAUGAUAAAACAAAUGCAUGUGAUUCCAUUAAUAUGGAGGAAUUACCAAAAUGUAUAAAUUCGACUGACAAUAUUGUGCAUUCCAGCGCCGUUGUAUUUAGUGAUAAGGAACAUAAUAAGGAAACGGCAAGUUUUUCACGUGAAAAUCAUAAACGGAGUAACAUAAUGUCCGGCGCGUUCGAGCAGCAAAGUAUAUCGAAUUCAGUUCAAGACACUGGUUAUCAAACUCACAGUAUGAAUAGCGCAAUGUGUACAAUAGACAGUUACAAUACUUCGACGAAUCACAAAACUCUCUGGAAUGAAAAAAUAGCGAUGUCCAAAGAUUAUACUCAACUAUCUUGGAGAGAAAACAUUAGAAACGUAUUUAGCUCUACACCUUCCAAACAUAAUAAAAAAAGUGGAACUUAAAUAGAAUCAUAGAAGUCGAAUUCAUAGACGAAAUGCUCAAGUAGAUGACAAUAUUUAGCUCACAAUUAUCAUAAAAAAAUAUAGCGAAUGUGUAUGAUUUAUUUUUUGUCAUAAAUUUAUUCUUAACCCUUAUAUUAUAAUCAAUUGAAUUAAAUUGCUUUUUGAUAAGUGGAUCUCAAUUUGAUGUAGGCAAUAUUAUUUUCUUCGCAUGUCGAACUUGACAUUUUAUAAUUAUUUAAUCUAAUUGAAUUGGAUCUGACUAGCCUAUAUGAUUUUCACGAGGAUGUUAUUCUACUUUUUAAUGUGCUAUAGAAUAGAGAUUUCAAUAUAUCUAUUAUAUAAAUAUCUCGUCGAGAUACUUUUAUGUGGCUAUAUUCUUAACAUUUGUUCGGUCAAAAUGUUACGUUAAACGUAACGUCUCGAAACUUUUGCUAAGGAAAAAUUGGCUCCAGAUUAUUCAAAAGAAACAUUUACAUUUUUUAAUCAUUUCUUUAUGAUCAACAUCAUUGUAUUGUAUUAUUAAUAUUGGAAAUUCACCAGACAAACUUUCAGAGAUUGUCGGGGGCACCAUAAGGAUCAUUUUUUGCAAAUGGACCCGGGGUCGGAAACGCGUUGUUACUGGAUCCUUAUAGCUCCAGUAAUAGAUUCUGUAACUCGUUAUGCUGUCGUUAAGUGCUCAUAACGACAGUUGUGCGGGUAUACUAUAUGGUAAAAAAGCUGCGCAACGACAGUAUAACGAUAACGAUUGAAAGUUUGUCCAAACACUCUGUAUAUUAAAGUAUGCCAUAAUUGCUACGUGGAAUAAAAAAUGCUGAAUAAAAUAAGCAACAAGUUUUGCAAUUUUCUUCAUUUGUUUCAUUAGAUAAAAUUUUCUUGUAGUUACAGCCUAAAAUAUUAAAUAUACUCAAGAUAUAUAUAUAAGCAAGAUCAAAAACUUAACAAACAUUUUACAGCAUGAUUCAUCUAAAAUGAGUAAUAAUAAUAAUAAUAAUAAUGAUAUAUAUAAUUAUAAUAUUACAUAUUACGCCAACAAAAUUCUUAUAAUAU